UAAAAAAAACAAAACAAUAAAUCAAGCCAUGAUUUGUAGUGUUGGAUAAUUUUGGAGGUCUGAAUGUUCACUCUAAAAAUUUAACAAUCAGCUCUAAGCUCUGGGAGCCCAGAGUCAGCUCCAGUCUCUCUGUAUUGUGACACCCUCAGUGAGUGCUUCAAAUAAGCCCUAUAUUAUUAGUGGAUUGAUUGCAUCCAUAACUCUUAUGUCAGAUCCAUCAUAUGGACUGUACAUUCAGGUGGUCUUAAAUAGCCUUCCCAGGCAGUCUGUUCCAUGUCCAUGGAGUAAUUGAGCAUGGGUGAUGCUUUGGGAAUUCCAGAGUCCUUCAAGUCUCAAUACCAUAUUGGGAUUACAGCUGUGUGACCAAAAACUUCUCUCUCCUCUUGAGUCUUAGAAAUGGGAAUUGUUGCUAUUUUGAAGCAGGAACUACCAACCGAGUCAGGUUUACUGACCAAGCUAAGGUGUCCAUCCUACAGAAUGUCACAUUCUGGGUGGAAUCUCGAGUUGGAAAUAGAAUAACAAUGUCCCCGAAAAUCACUGUGGUGCUCGGCAGGGCCUUCAAGUAUGACCCUCCCAGUGGAGACAUGGUUAUUUCCAAAUUCCACGGCCGUCUCAUGAUAGAAUGGAAGACGCCUGAAAAGCAAGAGAAUGCCAUAGCUGAAUAUCGAUACAGGACGUGGAAUGGAACGUGGGAACAGGGAGAUUGUGGCGGCCAGACGAACUCUGAUGUUGAAACCUGCGCUCUCCAGCUAGAAGGACCUGUUGCCUAUGAAGUUCAGCUCCGCCGCCACAAAAAAGCUUCCCCGACUGGUCAGUGGAGUGACUGGAGCAAGUCCAUUUGCAUUCCUGCUGAAAUUCUCAAAAUUCCAGAGAUGAAUUACACAGUGGGAAAACUCAAUAAUGAUGGAAAGAGGGACCUCAUCCUUGACUGGGAGCCCAAGCAAGUGAAGCAACCUCUCAACUGCUCAGAAAAAGUGAAUUUCAGCCUUGUUCUUCGGAUGGUUUCCUGCUCCUGCAGACCAAAGGCUAAGAAGAAGAUGAAGCUGGAGAAAGUGAUCCAAAUUUCUGGGGCAGAAUAUGAUGCCAUCAUCCAAACCCAGGGAACCAUUGGGCCACAGUUAAACAGGACAUUCCGUAUCCCUGCUGAACUCAACUCGAAUUUUUCUGCAGAGUGUCUGAACAUCAGCACCUCAGAAGAGAACAUGACAAUGCAAUGGGACAUCUUAGAAAGAAAGGUCAGACGUUACUGCAUUGAAUGGUACCCCCACCUUGCCAACUGGGCAGAUGCCAAGUGUGCUCUGGAGAGCUUUCAGGAAUCAAAAAAUAAUAAAAAAGUGACAUAUAGCUGGAAUAAAGCUUUUGGAAUCAUGGACCUUGGAAAAUGUUACCGGAUUAAUAUUUAUGCUUCAGACAAACCUCACAACCCUUAUUCCUGGGUCACUGUCUUCUCUGGGCACCAUUUCAGUGGGGAUGUUUUGAAAGCUGGGCCCAGUUACUUCAAAGUGAAAAGAAUAAUAGCCCAUGAAGUAACCCUGGAAUGGAAUCCUUCCCCACUCAGCAAGUGCCCAGGAGUAUUGAAGAAAUAUGUUAUCUAUUGCUGGGAUGAAACCAACAACAAAAGUAUCUGUUAUGAUGUGAAUGCUUCUGCCUUAGAGUACACAAUAGGCAAUCUGAGUGAGGAUACUUUCUACACCAUUAAGAUUCGAGGAAUCACAACAACCACCUUUGGGGCCUGGAGUGAGCCCCUGAGAUUUAAAUUAGAUCGAAAACCGGCUCACAAAUUUCCCUUUCUCCUGCUGUGCGUGUUAAUUUUUGCAGCCAUAGUCCUCGUGGCCGUUCCUGUAUAUUUUGUCCUAAAGAGGGUGAAAAUCUUCCUGUGUCCACCUCUACCCAAUCCCUCUAUAAGCAGUGCAACUAAGUUCCUUGCAGAGGACAUGAAGCUGGUCAGGCCAUGGACAGGAUCUUCAAACACAGUGGAAGAUGUUGGCCUAAGGGAGCAAUUAUUGAUUAUUGAGGUCAGCUCUCCCAAAGUGGAGCCUGAAGUGGGCUCUGAGGUCAAACUACUGAACCUUGAGGACCCCAAGGGAAUCCCAGACAUCAAAGAGCGACAAAUGGGUGGAGAAAAUGAUCCCCCCCUGGAGUUGGAGCUCCCUUCUGGCUACAGAAGACAGAAUCAUGUGGAAACCGUUGGGGAGGACGUCCCACAAGAUACUAGGCAGCUGUGUGGUCAAGAUGAUGAUGAUAGAAAAAAAAAGGCACCAUCUUUCAUCUCUCCAGAGGCAGAGGUCCCUGCAAGGACAUUAACACUUUCUCUUCUUUCAGUUCUAAGACCAUCUGAAGCUUCAGGAAACUUGAAUCUUAAGUUACAUGAGGAAUGAACCUGAGAAAAUGGCAAUGACUUCUUAGGAUGCCAGACUUAGAAAGGCCCAUAGUACAUAGAGUGUCAGGGUUGGGAGGGAGCCUAAAACAGAGAGUAUCAGAUCUGGAGGGAACUUAGAUGAUGGUGUCAGAGCCGGGAGGGUCUUUAGAACCCAAAAUGUCAAGAUUGGGCGGGUCCUUAGGCCACAGAAUAUUUGAGUUAAAAGGGUGCAUAGAAGAGAAAAUGUAAAAUUUGUGGAAUCACUUAAUGUAUCUAAAAUUCCAAGAUUUUUCUAUAAUAGCUAUGUUCCAUUAUAUAUAAUUCCAUAAUAUCUGAAAUUCUAUGAUUACUCAAAUUGUUCUUCCUUGGGGUAAAAAAAAUUGAUGGGAUUAAAAAAAUGAAUGAUGAUGUAUAAACCAAAAUAAAAGAUGAGAGAUGGUGUAAUAAAAUAAA